UGCCAACUGUGGGCAAUGCAGGGUGCCUCUGUCAUACAAUUUGAAGUUUUUUUUUAGCAAAGUACACACUUUUUAGCAAAAUAUGGCAACUGUGAAGGUUGUGCUGCAAGGAUUGCAUUAACAUUAAAAUAUUUAUUGAAUUUAAAUUUAUUAACUGCGUUAUGUCUGACGAAGAUGAUUAUAUGUCUGAUAAGUACCUCUGUGGUGACGUCCGACCCAGCCUUGUGCAACAACUCAACAAGAAAAGACAGAUUUCAUUGGAGGAGAAGAAAAACGAACAAAUUAAGCGUCAAAAGAAGGAAACCAUGACACGUAAAGGGAUUGUUAAUAAUAAAAUCUUGGAAGAAUCUCUAAAAAAGCCAAUAGAGGACCAAAACAAAGGUUUUCAAAUGCUUGCCAAAAUGGGCUAUAAGCCGGGACAGGCGCUCGGUAAGAAAAAUACUGGUAAUGAUAAAGAAACGCGACUCAUUGAACCGAUUGGAAUUAGCAUAAAGUCUGAUAGAGGUGGUCUAGGACGUGAAACAGCUUUACGUGAUUUAGCCGAACGUCGACAACAAAUAAGAGAGCAACAACUGCGAAAUCGUCUAGUUGGAGGAGAAACCGUCACGGUCGAACAAUUUCGCAAACGCGUACAAGAGAAAGCUGACGAGCGAUUUGCAAUUGGAGCUUUAAAACGUUGUCAGUUAACCUGUGAAACACUGGAUUUGGAGAAUGAUAUCAAUGAAGCUGAGCUUUGCUGGUUUUGGCCUGAACGCAAUGAAAUUGUAAAUGAGAAAGAUCCGGAUGAAGUGAAUGAACCAAAUGAACGUGAGGUAGUGGAUGACAACGAGGAAGAAUUUACAACAGUGGAAAAACUGGAAAUGCUUACGAGUUAUUUGCGCACAUCCUACAAAUUUUGCUUUUGGUGUGGGGUGCGUUACAAAGACCAAGACGAUAUGAACAGCAAUUGUCCAGGGGAAAUGCGAGACGAUCAUUGAAUGAUUUUCUCAAAAUCAAAUAAAUAAUAAUAAAAUACAAAAUAAUUGAUUUUUAUCGACUUAAAUGUAAUUAUAUUUAUUUUAAGAAAUAUAGAAAAUUACGUUAAGCUAAACUUACUAAAAUCAUUUUCUAUAAAUGUUAAAAUGUUUCAUCAUAUAUAAAAGUUUUCACACAAUGCAAUAACUACGUCAAAAUAUUAUUCACAUUUCAUAAAAGAACAACAAUAAAAAAUACGUUAUAUUUCGCUAAACACGUC